AAGAAGAAGAAGAAGAAGAAGGAAAAAAAAAAAAAAAAAAAAAGAAUGAAAAAGAAACCAUCCCGACUCUUUUCCGUGCUCCUCUUAUAAUCAGCCAUUUGCCCCCGAAAAUUUCUCUCUCUCGUCUUUCACGCGUUUUCCCGUAAUCCGAAAAGGGUAAGCAGUUUUAAUUUUUGUGUGUUUUGUGUUUCUGGGUGUUCUAGUUUUCCCUGAGUUGGACCUCAACUGCUGUCCAACUGAUCACAUCCCCGGAAUUAGAAUUUCUCGCGGUUGCCGUUUUGAUGGGGUGGAGUAUAUGCUUCCCAUUUAGGAAUUUCCUUUCCGCUUUGCAUUGGUUGGAACUGGAUUCAUUACCUUCCUCGAGCGAAUCGUUGGGGCAAAUUUUGAUUCUAAGUAAUACAUGAUUGUUUAAAGGUUGGAUCUUAUUUCUAUCUUCUAUGCCAUCGAGACUGUUGGGUGAAGGAUUUGGGUUUUAUUUUGGACUUUUGGUAUAUAAUUUUGUUGGAUUGAUUUCCUAUUGAGACUCUGUGGUGGGAGUAUGGGCUGCAUUUGCUCUAAGGGAAUUCCAGCAAACGACUAUGUUGCUGAGAAUCAUUGCAAAGAGAGGCAUUUGAAGUCUAAUAGAUCUUCCAGACAUGGGACUUCAUUGAGGAAAGAAGAAUCCGUGUUACAUUCUGAUGGAGGGCAAAGUGAUGCAAUGGCGCGAUUGAUACUGAAUCAACCUGGGGAAGAGAAUGCUGGAUCAACAACGGAAUCAGAUGGUGCUGAGAAGGUAACAUCCAUUGGAAAAGUUGGCAGUGCCAAGCCCCUGCGUCAAGAACGGCCAACUAUGGAGGAUGGAAUAAAGAGAGUAGGAGUACAUAAUAACAAUGCAACACCUAGAAUAAUCGGCGUUGUAAUUGGGGAAAAGGGGGCUUUGGUUAUUGCUGGAUGGCCUUCUUGGCUGACAUCUGUGGCUGGAGAAGCAAUCAAUGGAUGGGUUCCUAGAAAGGCAGACUCUUUUCAGAAGUUGGAUAAGAUUGGACAAGGAACGUACAGCAGUGUGUACAGGGCCCGUGACAUUGAAACAAACAAGAUUGUUGCAUUGAAGAAGGUGCGAUUUGCUAACAUGGAUCCUGAAAGUGUUCGUUUUAUGGCCAGGGAAAUUCUUAUCCUGCGUAGGCUUGACCACCCCAAUGUCAUGAAGCUUGAAGGUCUUAUUACUUCAAGGGUGUCAGGCAGUUUAUACCUCAUAUUUGAGUACAUGGAACAUGAUCUUGCAGGGUUGGUAGCUACCUCAGGGAUCAAGUUCACUGAAGCACAGAUAAAAUGCUAUAUGAAGCAACUGCUUUCUGGCCUUGAACAUUGCCAUGCACAGGGAGUUUUGCACCGUGACAUCAAGGGUUCAAAUCUUCUGAUUGACAAUGAUGGUAAUUUAAAGAUAGGUGAUUUUGGGCUAUCAACCUUUUUCCGUCCCCGACAAAAGCAGCCUCUUACAAGUCGUGUGGUAACUUUGUGGUAUCGGCCACCUGAGCUUUUGCUUGGUGCAACGGACUAUGGAGUUUCUGUAGAUUUGUGGAGUGCUGGCUGCAUUCUGGCAGAACUAUAUGCUGGAAAGCCUAUCAUGCCUGGAAGAACAGAGGUGGAGCAACUACAUAAGAUCUUCAAACUCUGUGGCUCCCCGUCUGAAGAAUACUGGAAAAAGUCAAAAUUACCUCAUGCCACCAUUUUUAAACCUCAACAUCCUUACAAGCGGUGUGUUGCUGAGACAUUCAAAGACUUCCCUUUUUCUGCAUUGGCCCUUUUGGAUGUCCUUCUUGCCGUAGAACCUGAUGGCCGUGGAACAGCAUCCUCUGCCCUUCGAAGUGAGUUCUUUACCACCAAACCGCUUCCCUCAGAUCCCUCUGAUUUGCCAAAGUACCCACCAUGCAAGGAGUUUGAUGUGAAACUUCGAGAUGAGGAAGCUCGAAGAAGAAGAGCUCCUAUCAGUGUUGCACGUGAGCAUGAAGCAGCUUAUAAGUUUCCCCGAGAGUCGAAAGCAAUUCCUGCACCACAUGCAAAUGCUGAAUUGCAUGCAUCCAUACAGAAGAAACAAGUGCAGCAGAAUCCUACAAGUGUCAGUGAAAAGUAUAAUCACGAAGAGGACGGUGGCUCAGGCUUUUGCAUUGAGCCACGCAAAGAAGCAAUGCAAAUGCAACCAACUGGAUUAGGUUCUUCACAAAACAUGAAUGGGAAUCAGGGUGAUAAUCAAAGAGGUUCUUCAGUUGGAGCAAAAGGUGCAGAACUUAGAAAACAGCGGUCUUUUAUGCAGCAUGGUGCUGGACAGUUAUCUCGGUAUUCCAAUUCUGUUGCAGUUCGAGGUGGUUCACGAUUUGACUGUGGUGGAGAAAGUAGUGCUAAUUCACACUGGCCAGAAGAGUGUUUUAAUGUGUCAUAUAACCAUUUCAAUGGUGGGGAAUCUUCAGAAAAGCAUGAAUGGUCUCGCCAUUUACUUGGCAGGCCAAAAUCUUCAUAUAAGAUGGAUGAUCAGUCAUCUGGAAAAGAGUCUACUAUGGUAAAUUGUCCAGUGUCUUAUGCUCCGAAGAAGAGAAUUCACUACUCAGGACCAUUGAUGCCUCCUGGUGGUAACCUUGAGGAAAUGUUAAAAGAGCACGAGAAACAAAUCCAACAUGCAGUGCGCAAGGCUCGUAUUGACAAAGCUAAGACAAAAAAGACGCAUGACGACAAAGGUCAAAUGGAAGCAUUGCUUUACCAUAUGAGAAACGGAAAUUGAGCCUUGUUCCAUCCAAGUGGAAUGAGGAAGCUCUUGUCGAACAGCCUUCUUUAUGUUGGUGAGACUGCUUUGACAAAUCCUUAAAACUAAUGGGAGUUUAUGAAGUUUGCACAAACAGUGAGGUAUGGUCGCACAUAGUUUCGUUAACCGUACACCAAAUUUCCGAGGUUAAUGAAAUUUUAGGAAGCAAAACAUUAAAUUCAUCGACUGAAAUUUACCUUCCAAGAAGUCAAUUUCAGAAAUUGAUUGGGGUCUCUUUGGCACUUGGCUCAGUUGCUGAAGAAAUUUUUUUUGUACAGCCUAACAUGCGUUAUCUAAUCAGUUUUGUCUUGUAAAGGGUACAAUAGAUGUUUCUUCCAAAUUGAAGAUUUUUUCUCCACAUUAUUAUGAUUUUUUUUUUAAAAAAUUGUUCAAAAGAGCUGCUAAAAGAAGUUAAGAAAAGCAACUUGUUCUUGUUGAUU